AUAUAUUUAGCUUGUUAGUGGUGUUUGCUAAAGAAUUAUUACUAUUACUUAAUACCCCUAAAUACUAGGGGUAUUGCUUAAUACCCCUAAAAUACUUAACUUUGGCAUGCAAUUUGUCUGUUUUGCACUAUAAGUGACAUGGAAUGUUAAAGAGAGUGUGCUGUUACUUUUCUAAGUGAUUAGAUUAACGAUUUUGCCUGCAAGAUGUUAAAACGCAUACACUUAAGGAAGGAAACUUGCCAGAAUGUCUUGCCUUAUGGGUGGAUACUAUCGAGCCAGAAGACAAUAACUCAGUACACCCUAGCAACCACUUAACAACUUCCUAGAAACCACUCAGAACGUGUUAGCAUCAUGGGAAAGGCUGGAAACUUAAUCAUGGGAACUUUUGUUAUGAUUUCUUCUGAAAACAAAAUUUGAUUACAACUACCUGGGAUAGUAAAAUACAUUUAUUUCAUACUAAUUUUAGUUAAAAGCUGUUAACAUAUUUACUGACAUAUCGCUUAUGACUAAACUUUAAGUGGAGUACCACUUGUGCACAAUACACAUUUCUUAAUAUUGAGUCUAAAAUGUGUUUUUAUGUCACUAUUGAUGAAGAUUGUAUGACCUUCGAAUAACAUCGGUCUUUAAAUGCAAGAUAUUUAAAGUGUACCUAAAGUAUUUUCCCAAUUAUUUCACUUAGCAAAAUCAGAUAUCCUUCAGUUUAUCUUUAACUGGACUUAAGCACUACUAUAGUGCAUUAAGUACAUUUUAUGUAAUUGAUUAAUUGAUUAUUAGUUAUCACAUAUCAAUAUUUUAAUGCAGUUGAAUCAUAACAUCUCAGAACUCAGUUAGGUUUCUGCUGGCCAUACAGGAUAGUUUGCAAAUGAUACUUGCUCUUUACAGGGAUUUUCCAUUUAAUGCAAAUGAUACUUGCUCUUUACAGGGAUUUUCCAUUUAAUGUUCUCUAUGACAAUGUCUGUUACGUAAUAGAGGACUUCCCUUCUGUCUCUGUGGACAAUAGUCAAGAGUGUCUGAAAUGUUUUAGCUUGCAUGUGAUAGCAUUGGAAUGAGUGAGUAGGUGGACGGCUACAUGUGGCCGGCUGUGAUAAUAGUAUGGUAAAAGAAUGAGGCAUAUUCCUCCACUGAUUCCUAGUGUGGCUUAAAAUGUGCAAGGUAUUUAUCCCUCUGAAGCAUACAAAAUGAAUCUUUUUACUUCAAAACAAUGACACAUAAUAAUCCCAGGUGUUUAUAUUGCAUCAAAACAGCGUAUUCUGACAGAGUUCUGACAUCACUGCAAUAAAAGAUAAUAUUCGUACAGUAGGUAAAUCAGGCAUGUUGACUGUACCAGGUAAACACAGAAUGUUACUUUAACGUUAGUUUAUGGUUUCCCUUGGAAAACCAAUAAAUACUGUUCUUUUAUUUAGCCAUUAUUUUUAUAAAUGAAAAUUUGAUGAGUGGACCAAACAUUGCUGGGAGUGUUGUCAUAUAAAUUCCACAAUAAUAUAAACAGGUCAGACAUAUUGAAUUGUCUGAAACGGUCUAAAGUAAUUGCCAGUGAUGCUUUGGAUGCACCCUCAAUGGGUAAAAUGACUUUUUGUAGCGCACAUAAUCAUGCUUCAGAUGGUUAAGUAUUUAAAAUGGGUGUCAAGAGUUCAAGAGUGCUUGUGAUGCUCCAAACGGAGGGACUACAGUGUGUGUGUGUGUGUGUGAUUUUGCACAGCUGACUCUAAAGAGGAAGUGGUAGCGCACCAGAACAAGCAAAGUGCUGAGUUGCCAUGGUAACUUGGGAUGCAGGGUUCCCUCAAUUUCCAUUAUUCCCAAGUGGAUCUGCUUCACAGUGUCCAUGGCAACCACUUACAACCAAUGGAGUUCCGCUCUCUCUCUCUCUCUCUCUCUCUCUCUCUCUCCCUCUCUCCCUCUCCUCACUGUCUCUGUCAAACUCUCUCAUCCUGUUAUUUUAUCUUGAUUUGUGGUAAAAUGUCAUCUCCAUGCUUACAUAAAGACUUGACACUUUGACAUUAUGAGCCACAAAUGCACACUUUGAGCACUUACUAGUAUGCAGGGUUGUGAGGCCGGCGUGUUGAGCAGAACGCACACACACUCACACACACACACUCUCCCGGAGCAUGCCUAUCAGUCCACCUGCCGACGGCAAACAUGAGGCUCUCGACCGGCCGCGGCAACAACACACUCCUACCAACGGUAAUCACGGGGAUGACAGCAUUCGGAGCUCUCCUGGGACUAAAUCUAGCUCCGACCCUAUGGAGGAUCUCCACGGAAAUGCAGUUGUCAUCCGCAUCGGAAUCCCUGAUCUGCAGCAAACGAAAUGCCUGCGAUUGGACCUUGAGGCUCCAGUGUGGGUUUGUAAGCAGCGAGUUCUGGUCACUCUGACACAAAGCCUGACCGAUGUGCUUAACUAUGGCCUCUACCUCCCUGCCUUUAACGGGCGCGCCGGAAAGUUCCUUGAUGAGGAGAGAUUGCUCAGGGAGUAUCCGUUCCCUACGGUCACACCUGUACCAUACCUAGAGUUCCGUUACAAGAGGCGUGUUUACACUCAGAGCUAUGUAGAUGACAAGCAACUGGCCAAACUACACACCAAGGCCAAUCUAAAGAAGUUUAUGGAGUAUGUUCAACAAAGGUGUGUGGACAAGGUCUGCAGGUUCCUGGAGAAAGGGCUGGACCCCAACUUUCAUGAUGCUGAUAGUGGGGAAUCUCCUCUCACUCUCGUGGCCCAGCUGGACACUUGUGCCGAUCUGAUUAAGGUGUUAAGGAGCGGAGGAGCCCAUCUGGACUUCAGAACCAGAGACGGCCUCACGGCGCUGCACAAAGCGGUCCAAACGCACAACCAUGUAGCAUUGACUACAUUGUUGGAUCUGGGGGCGUCUCCGGACUAUAAAGACAGUCGUGGGCUCACCCCCCUCUAUCACAGUGCAAUGGUUGGUGGAGAUCCAUACUGCUGCGAGCUGCUGCUGUACGAUCACGCCCAGCUGGGCUACAGUGAUGAGAACGGCUGGCAGGAGAUCCAUCAGGCUUGUCGUCAUGGAAACGUGCAGCACCUUGAGCACCUGUUAUUCUAUGGAGCGGAGAUGAGCGCUCAGAAUGCCUCAGGAAACACAGCACUACACCUGUGUGCCCUCUACAACCAGGAAGGCUGUGCUAGAGUUCUCCUGUUUCGAGGAGCAAAUAAAGAAAUCAAGAACUACAACAACCAAACAGCAUUUCAGGUUGCUAUCAUCGCAGGGAACUUUGACCUGGCAGAAAUCAUCAAGAUUCAUAAAACCUCAGAUGUUGUGCCUUUCAGGGAGACCCCUUCUUAUUCGUCUCGACGGCGUGCGGUCUGCGUAUCACCACGUCGCUCUCUGCUGCGAUCGGCCAGUGAUAACGCUCUAGAUGAGAGUCUGCCAGCUCCCUCUCCGGCCCCCUCACUUCGCAGCCUGCCCCCGCUGGAGCCCGACGACACCACCUCGUCCCAGCGCAGCCCCCAGGCUGCUCACACUCACACACGUAGCCUCAGGAGACACACCCGCUCAGGAGGACACCUCAGCCCUGGCAGUCCUGUACAGAGAGAUCCGAGUCCUCCUGCCGUGUCUCGAGGGCCCAAGCGACGGCUGUACAGUGCGGUGCCCGGCCGAACCUUCAUCGCUGUCAGCUCCCACACUCCACAGGGCGAGGGUGAGAUCACACUCAACCGAGGAGAGAGGGUCAAAGUGCUAAGCAUAGGUGAAGGUGGAUUCUGGGAAGGCUCAGUUAAAGGACGAACUGGCUGGUUUCCUGCCCACUGUGUAGAGGAAGUCCAGAUGAGACAAUAUGACCCACGACUUGAGACAAGAGAGGAUCGCACCAAGAGACUUUUCAGGCACUACACUGUUGGCUCCUACGACAACUAUACCUCUUACAGUGAUUAUGUUAUAGAAGAAAAAAGUGCAACGUUGCAGAAGAGAGACAGCGAAGGAUUCGGCUUUGUGCUUCGGGGAGCUAAAGCUGAGACACCCAUAGAAGAGUUCACACCUACUCCUGCUUUUCCUGCCCUGCAAUAUCUGGAGUCUGUGGAUCUGGAAGGGGUGGCGUGGAGGGCAGGGUUAAGGACUGGAGAUUUCCUCAUAGAGGUAAAUGGGGUGAGCGUAGUCAAGGUGGGACAUAGGCAGGUGGUAUCACUGAUUCGGCAAGGUGGAAGUCGGCUAGUAAUGAAGGUGGUGUCUGUCACACGCAAACCUGACACUGGAGACGUCAUCCGCAAGAAAGCCCCACCACCUCCCAAAAGAGACCCAAGCACCAGCCUGACCCUGCGCUCAAAAAGCAUGACUGCAGAACUGGAGGAGCUGGCGUCAAGGAGAAGGAGGGGAGAGAAGUUGGAUGAGAUGUUGAGUUCGCCCAAAGAACCGGUUGUAGUGAUGAGGCCACGUCCUCCGGAUUCAGACUCCAGAGCAGCCACUGUGAAACAGAGACCAACAAGUCGCCGCAUCACACAGGCUGAGAUCAAUUCUCUGUUAGAGAGGCAGGGUUUGCCAAUAAGUUCCCUGGCUGUGGACAAAAGUCACAUGCAGCUGCCUCGGGGAAUGUCAAGAACCAAGUCAUUUGGUGCUCCUGAAGAUGAAAGAAUUUCAGCCUUGAUUGGAGAGCAUCGCUUUCCGAGAAGCUCCUCGAUGACUGACAGCUUUAGACAAGAUAGUAUUCCGCCCCCUCCACAGACAGCUCCUCCACCACCUCCAACUCCCUACUUCCUAGAUUCCGGGCCACCACCGUCCUUUCAUCCACCUCCGCCCCCUUCUCGCGCUGCCAACCAGAGCCGUUCAAGCUUCCGCCCAGGGGCGGAGCCCAAACUCCAUGGCCCAGUCACGACAGACCGCCAGCGAAAAACACGCUCCAUGAUCAUUCUUCAGGACACCACCCAUUUGCCAGUGGAGCCUGCCCCUAUUGCAAGACCACAAACGCCUACCUCUGGAGUGGUUCCACCUGAACGUGGCCGUAGGCGUGGACCACCUGUGGAGAAUCCGUAUGCUAACGUAGGUCGUCUAAGUGCAGUCUAUACUCCUACCAAGCCCCAGCGUAGAAAGAGUCAAUUAGUCAAACAAGGACCAGUUGAGGAGGGAGCUGCUACAACUAGUAGAGACCCCUCUCCUUUGGGAGGGUCACGGAUUCCCCACAGUAGCCGAGCAGAGCAGUUCCAACAGCAAGUUCUCUCUGAGAGAGCUAGAAUUACACCUCCAGGUGCCCGACGCAGACCCAGCGUUUUCCUAUCUGUAGAAGGAGGCACGACUGAGCCGCAAACAACCCCAUUACUUUCUCAGUCCCACUCAGUGGAUGAGUUGGCCGAGCUGCCUCCACCUGCACCAAUGCUUUCCCCUGGCCCACCACCAGGAGGCACCACUUUUAUACACCCUCUAACAGGUCGACCACUGGAUCCUUCCUCACCACUAGCACUUGCACUGGCUGCACGAGAACGUGCCCUUAGUGGCCGGAAUACACCCACUCCUACACCUUCGCCCACACCUUCGCCCACUCAAGGUCGAGCAGUUGAAAGGCCAGAGACAGAAGGAGGAGCGACACCACCUGCUCCUCUUGAGGCUCCUCCAUCAAAUUCCUGGAGAGACGAACCGGUUAGCAUCACAGAAACGGCAAGCCAAGUGACUAGCGGUAGCCCUGGGUCUGGACGAAGCCUGGAAGAGGUACUUGUCCCGCCAAACGUGCAAGGUGUCCAACCUGCACUGUUGGAUACAGAACAUACCCCACCGACAGUCCCACCCACUCUACCUUCCCCUGCCCCUACCCUCUCAAAUCUGACUGCUCGAAGUCUGACUAUGAGCUCUGAGGAGGACGCGGAGCCUUACACAGUGACACUUCCCCCUGCAUUGCUCUCGUCCAGUGAUGAGGAAACCAGAGAGGAGCUUCGGAAGAUAGGCCUCGUGCCGCCCCCUCAACCAUUCUCUAAUGGCCUUCUAAUUAAAGAAACACCCAAAGCCACUUUAAGUAUUUCACCUAGUGGAUCACGGCCAUCCAUUGCAAAGACCUCCUCUGGUAAAGCAAGUGAUUCUACGGCAGACUCUGGUGUUGAAGACCCACAUAUGGAGACCACCAGUACGGUUUCUACAGUCUCCAGCAUGUCCACUUUGUCUUCGGAGAGCACAGACUCCACUCAUGCUAGUAAACCACGUUCAGGGUUGGGGCGUGGUCGCCCCGCCCAUCUCAGGGACCCACUGCUUAAACAGUCAUCAGACAGUGAGCUGCUUCCACACCCACCCAGCACAGGCCCCAGCCGUCCACGCUACCUAUUCCAAAGACGUUCCAAACUCUGGGGGGAAGAGCCCCGGGGCCAGAUGGGUGGGUCUGAUGAAAGUCGGCCUGCUGCAAUGGGGGCAGAGUUGCUAAGCAAAGACACUCAUUCACUGGGUGAGGAGCCACCGAUGGGAGCACCUCUUGACCCUGGCAGGAGAUCACCUGUGGGAGGUGCCAGAUGUGAGGAGAAUGGAGAAGAGAGUAAAUCACUCUUUAGUAGUUUAGGGGAGCUUCACACCAUCUCUCAGCGAAGUUACGGCACCACUUUCACAAUCCGUCCUGGCAGCCGAUACCCAGUGUCCCGUAGGACUCCAAGCCCUGGAGCCACACCAGAACGGAGUGAACAGCUGGGGCCUGUCCGUACAUUCGGCCCUCAUCACCAUCAUCACACAAUCCUCAAGUCUUCUAGCCUAAGUUUGCCCCAGGAGCCCAAAGAGGUGCGUUUCGUCAUGAGGAGCGCCAGCGCUCGAGCCCGCAGCCGUUCUCCAUCCCCCUCUCCGUGCGCCUCCCCCUGCCCUUCACCUGUACUGGGAGCCCCACUCCUGGCCCUGCGGCCAUUCAGGCAGCGCCCCCUAGCACUGUGGAGUAAGUAUGACGUGGGAGAGUGGCUAGAGAGUGUGGGACUAGGAGAACAUCGUGCCCGUUUUUUGGAGCAUGAGAUUGAAGGCGCCCACCUGCCUGCACUGACCAAGGAUGAUCUGGCAGAAUUAGGGGUGACGCGGGUGGGACACCGAAUGAACAUCGAACGUGCACUGAAGCAGCUGCUGGAGAGUUGAGGAGAGCCAAAAUGUAGGAUGUAGUCCCAUCACAAAAUACAUUUUUACCAUUGAAAUUUCAAAUUAUUUGCAUUUAAAUAGUAUUAUUUAAGUCUAACACCAUAGAUUCCAACUCAUUUUUUUAACAUUGCUCAGCCCUUAUAUAAUAUAGAUUUUACCCAAACACCAACAAUUUAACUCCCACAAAACCCACCAUGUUUCUUUACUAGUUUGCCACCUACUAAGAGUAAAAAUAACAUGCUGGACAGGAGGGUGGACCUACUGCGCAAUAUCUGCUAUUUACAGCUACAGGUCUAAGAAAAUCUAACUGGCCAUGUUUUUAACUGGGUCUUCUGCACAAUAACAAAUGAUAUUGCCAGCAAGCAGCCAUUUCCUUCAUUUGCCAUGUUUUACAAUCAAAUGAUGAUGAAGGUGUGGCAAUCGUACAGACCAUCUGGAUUUGUGUGCAUUUCCUGCUUCCAGGAGAGGGACUUCUGAAUUUUAGAGAGCAGCGUCAACUUGAAUGCAAAGGGAAAGGAAAGAGCAGAAACGUCUCCUGUAAACAAUGCCAAUGCUUCCAAGUGCCCGGUAUUUACAGUAUGUUCACGGACCAUCUUGCAACUCAAUAGUAGAUAGCCAUGUUAAUGGUGAUUAUAAGAUGCGUUGCAGUAACUGGACUUGACAUGUGACUGCAACAUGUCCAAGUAAGAAAGGAUCUGACAAUCUGCCCUAAACCAGGAGAAUAAAACUUCUCCCAAUACAAUACAAGUGUGGCCUUGAGGUAAUACUGCCGCCAUCUAAAAUUUGUUAAAGAUAGAUAUUUUCAGUCACUACAUUCAGUUUUAUAUGUAUAUGAUAUAUAUGGAGUUAUAUAUUAAAAAAAGAAGAAUGUAUGAGAGUAAGGUGAGAUAUACUUGUCUUAUGCCCUGUGAGAUUGUGUCAUAUUUGGUCUUACUUUAUAUUUGUUAUUUUAUUUGUCAACUAUCAACCAAUACCCUAACAUGAACACAGUUACUCUUUUUUCCCCAUGGUAUAACUUGUGAUUUGUGAGUUAUAAACACAUAAUCUUUAGACUAGUUCAUGGUCAUUUAUUUAAGAAUUUCAUAAUUACGGACGAACCUUUUUUGUCUAUUAUAAAUAAAUCCUCAUUAGGACUGUAUGUAGAAUAACUGUUUCGUUUAAACAGAUGAUUUGAAAUGCUAUGGGUUGUAGGAAUAUAUUUGUUACCUUUUGUAAAUGAUAACUCAGCAUCAGUCGAUCAUUUCAUGCUGAUCAAUUUGUGAAUUCAAGACGUAACAAUGUUUCUUUGCCAUGAUUUGGUUAUGUAUUGUGCAAUUACUCAUUAAGGAUUUAAUUCCUAUCAAGUCUUUCAGUUUAGAACAAUAUGAGCAAAAUAUGCUACAGUACCUAAGGGCUUUUAACAUAAAUAAAUUAAAUUGUUAUUAAACAUGUUUUAAUGCAACUGCUAAACUGGUGAAUUUGUCUGAUCCCCAGUUAUAAGCAAGUCUACAACUAAAAGUAAUAAUGUGACACAUUGGCAAAAACAAAGCUUGUGUUUAUGGGCCUUAAAAAGCAGUGUCUCCCUGACCAUAAUGACCUGGGAACAUUUUCUGUUUCUAGUAAAAAUGUGAAAUUGUCUUCUAGUACAACCAAAUUACUAAACGUAAUCUGAUUACAAGUAUAUCUACUGUGAAUAUAGUUAUUUUUCUCAAUUUCUCAUUUUAAGAUCCCCGAGAUUUUCAUAUAAUCAAGCAAAUGUUGAGAUUAUAUUGUUUCAAAAAUUAUCUGGUAAUUAGCUUGACUGGUUUGUUGUGUUUGGUAAGCUGGAACAGUAGGUGUUGCUUAGGUUUAUACACUUAACUAACAGUUUAACUUUGCCAGCUGAGGAGAAGAAUCCUCACACUUGUCUCCUCCAGUUGGUCAAUUUGCACAAAGAUGUGGGUGCUACUGUUUAUAAGCCAUCUGCAUAAAAUAUUACUGUACUUCCCUCAUCUGUCCCUUUCCUUCUCCCUCUCAUCCGAUCCUCACACAUUUAAGCUCUCAAACACAAUUUAAUUAAUUAAUUACUGGCGUAAGAGAAGGGUGGCAGCCAUGUUCUUUUAGUUUACCACUUUUAAGAGCCCUUUCUUCUGUUGUUGACUUUUUUUUUUUUUUGUAUUCUUUGUUGGAUGAAGUGAUGAGGAUCAAGCUUUUGGCCGUUUGCUUUAAAAUGAGAAAAUGUACACAAAAAUAUAAUUUGACUUGUCUGUUAUUAAAGAUCAUCUCUCAGGCUGUGGGUAUUAAUCAAAGAAUACAUAGUUCUGUGGAGAAAAAGAUU